AUGGACGCCUUCCACCCCUACGCUGAUCUCUUCGCCAACCCCAAGGGCCCUGGAGAUGCCCGCCCCACCGCGCUUCAAGUCAUUGAGGACAGCAAGCUCGGCAACGAAUGGACGGACCGAGUCGUCCUGAUUACCGGAGGCACUUCCGGAAUCGGUCUUGAGACCGCUCGUGCGAUCCACACUGCCGGCGCCGACGUCUACAUCACCGCUCGAAACUCCGCGAAGGCCAAGGGUGUCGUAGAAGACAUCACCAAGUCUUCCAAAGGCAGUGGAAAGCUCGAGGUCAUUGACAUGAACUUGAGCUCCCUCGACUCUGUCAAGAAGGCCGCUCAAGAUUUCUUGGCCAAGUCGACAAAGCUCAAUGUGCUCAUUACCAACGCUGGUAUCAUGGCCCUCGCCGAGCCAACCAAGACCAUGGAUGGUUUCGACGAACAGUUUGGCGUUAACCAUCUGGCUCACUUCACCUUCACCACCCUGCUCCUCCCGACGCUCAUCAAGAGCAGCACCCCUAAGUUUAACUCCCGCGUCGUGGCCAUCACAUCCUCGGGUCAUAGAUUCUCCCCUGUCAGGUUUGAUGACUACAACUUCACCAACGGCGAGUACAACCCUUGGCUUGCAUAUGGCCAGUCCAAGACUGGCAACAUCUGGAUGUCCAACUACAUCGACCGUGUCUAUGGUCCCCGCGGAGUGCACUCCGUGAGCGUCCAGCCUGGAGUCUGCACGACUCCUCUCCACGUGCACAUCGACCCUGCGCAGGCUGAGACAUGGAUGUCAGACCCGGCGGUUGCAGCUGGCACCAAGACCCCAGAGCAGGGCGCUGCGACGCCCACUUGGGCUGCUGUUGCGGAUGUCUGGGAGGGCAAGGGCGGAAAGUAUCUAUUCGACGUCGCUCUCGGUGGCCCUGCAGCUCCAGAGACUACAUUGGCCAUGGCGGAUCACGGAUAUGGGGCCCAUGCUUUUGAUGAGGAGGGAGAGGAUAAGCUAUGGGACCUCAGCUUGAAGCUUACUGGUGUCGAGCUGGAAGUUUAG